AUGGGUUUCUUCAACAAGAUAGAUGCAAGGCAGACUGGCUAUCAAAUUAUGAAUCCAACGCUACUCGAACUUCCCCGCGGUGGGAACAGCAGUCACGACUUUCUCGUCAUAGCACGCACGAAACACAUUGCGAAAAACAUUCACGGCAAACAAUAUCAAUUAGCACGCCAAGUCGCCACAUUUGCAAACCUCACGUACGACAGCUUUGGGCGGCCACUGCUGAAAACUGGUAAAUGGUCCAAGCUUCUCGUUGAGGACUUUGGAGACUCUGAACAUCACUGCAAAGGAGAGCCUAAUAUAGACAAAUACAUAGGCCCAGAAGAUAUGAAGCUCUUCUGGACACGAACUGGUGAACCGCUACUUAUUUUUACUCAUCAAGUCAACGACAAGAACAUGUGUCAGGGCCAGUUCCUGAUUGAUGUCCGUGCCGCCCUGGUUGAACUUGAACAGAUUCUCGGUCCCGAAUUAUCAUCUCUUCUACCGCCCAUCCGCUUCGCUUCCCCAGCAGGUCUUCGUCGUGAUGCACCACCCGGCCAAGAAAACCAUCGUCGCUACCAGCGCGAAAAGAACUGGGCACCCGGACAGUCCCCCUUCAGCUCCGAGUCAGAGCUUCUUCUCAUGGCGGAGCCCGGCCAGUUGUUCCGCUGGAUAUCCAAUGACGAGCCCGUAGAGUUGGUCCUUGGUGCGAAGGAUCAGCGGUCGGCUGUUGAGGAGCCAUAUCCAGCUACAGCCAAGCCUGGCGAGACUUGGCAUAGCAGGAGAAAGGGUCAUGUGAGCCAGACAGGCAGAACACGGUCAUGCUUGGCAUGGUACAACGGCGUCAAGACCCGCCUGCUGCGCCGUUUACAUGGUACGACCGUCGAAUAG